AUGGCGUCGACCCCCCGACCCGCGUUCCAAGACGAACCCAUUCCCCACUACCCCGACCUGCCGGGCAAAGUGGCCAUCGUGACGGGGAUCGGUCAGUACGGCGACCCCAAGGUGGAAGACAACUGGGGCAACGGCGCGGCAGCAGCACUCGGCCUCGCCCGCUCAGGCGUCAAAGUGUUCGGCUGCGACCUGGACCUGGCGGCGGCAGAGCGCACCAAGCAACGGAUCCAGAAACACGUGCCGGACGCGGUGGUGGACGUGGUGGUGGCGGACGCGACGAAAGCUGCCUCUGCAGAAGCCUUCGUCGGCACGGUGAUGCAGCGCCACGGCCGCAUCGACAUCCUGGUCAACAACGUGGGCGGGGCGCACCGGGGCGGGCCCGUUGAGAUGCCCGAAGAGGUGUGGGAUCAGGAGUUCAACGUGAACCUGAAGUCGGUGUACAUGAUGUGCCACUUCGUGCUGCCGGUGAUGGAGCGCCAGGGGGCCGGGUCGGUCAUCAACAUCGGCAGCAUCGCCGGCCUGCGCUACAUUGGCAAGCCGCAGGUGGCGUACGCGGCCGCGAAGGCCGGCGUGCACAUGUUCACGAAGCACACGGGCGUGUACUAUGCGGACCGCGGCGUGCGGGUCAACGUGGUGGUGCCGGGGCUGAUCUCGACGCCGCUGGUGGCGCGCAUCGCCGACUACUACGGCGGCGACUACGAGGAGUUUGUGCGCACGCGCAACGCCCAGGUGCCCACGGGCGAGAUGGGCAGCAGUGCCGACGUCGCCAACGCGGUGCUCUUCCUCGCCAGCAACAUCGCGUCGAGACACAUGACCGGCCAGGAACUCAUCAUCGAUGGCGGCAUGACCUCUAGCACGGGCAGUGUUAAGAGUGGGAUGGCGGAGAAAUAA